CAUUUUGGCUCUGGUGGAUGAUGGCUCAGAGCCAACAUGGCCUGUAAACAACAACAGCAGCGUCAAAGUAAAGUUAACUGAAUCUGAUUGUCGGCGUGUAGUCUAGUUUAAAUUAGAAGAUAUAACGCGUGGUGGUUUUUCAACAAUGCUUCGAAAGUGCAUAUGAUUGACAUCCUGAAGACGGAACAUCAUUCUCUUCAGCGGGUAGCUUGCGAGCCAUGUCCGCACCUCAACCUAACAGCUCAGCCUCCAACAGCCCAACCAACUUCAUAGGUUCUCCUUUUUCAGUGAUAAGUCCUUCUCUCAGCUCUCCGGUGGUAUCUCCCUCUCUGGGAUUUGGACCCAUCAGCAGCAGUCAGAUUUCGUCGUCAGCACCAAUAUCAGGGAUGCAUUCAGUCAGCAGCUCAGAAGAUAUUAAGCCUCCAUUUGGCCUGAGGCCCAUGCAAGCUCACAGCCCGGGAAUAAUGAUGUCUCAGAAACGACUGUGUGUGAUCUGUGGCGACCGCUCUUCUGGCAAACACUACGGCGUGUACAGCUGUGAGGGGUGCAAAGGUUUCUUUAAACGAACUGUGCGCAAAGACCUGAGCUACACCUGCAGGGAUAACAAGGAGUGCCUGGUGGACAAACGCCAGCGCAACCGCUGCCAGUACUGCCGCUACCAGAAGUGCCUGGCCAUGGGUAUGAAGAGAGAAGCGGUAAAUCCUAUAAAGUGGAAAAACAAGGAUGGAAAAGAUGAGGGAUGGAUGACGGUUCAGGAGGAGCGUCAGAGGAACAGAGAGCGCGAGGGAGAGCUGGAGUUCAGCUCCGGAGUGAACGACGAGAUGCCUGUGGAGAAGAUCUUGGAGGCGGAGAUGGCCGUGGAUAUGCGGGUGGACCUUCACUCCGAUAGAGGGUCUGCAGGAAACUCUCCCCAUGAUGCCGUUUCCAACAUCUGCCAGACUGCUGACAAGCAGCUGUUUGCUUUGGUGGAGUGGGCAAAGAGAAUCCCUCAUUUCUCAGAGCUGCCCCUUGAUGAUCAGGUCAUCCUCCUGCGUGCAGGCUGGAAUGAGCUCCUGAUAGCCUCGUUCUCCCAUCGCUCCAUCCCUCUGAAGGAUGGCGCUCUGCUGGCGUCCGAGCUGCAGCGUGACAGCGCACACAUGGCCGGAGUUGGUGCUAUUUUUGAUAGGGAGAGUGUGCAGAGUGCAGAAGUUGGUGCCAUAUUUGACAGGGUUCUCACUGAGCUCGUUAACAAAAUGAGAGAUAUGCAAAUGGACAAAACAGAGCUGGGCUGUCUCCGGGCUAUUGUCCUGUUUAACCCAGAUGCUAAAGGGCUCUCCAGCACAAGUGAGGUGGAGCUCCUUAGAGAAAAAGUCUAUGCAUCACUGGAAGCUUACUGCAAGCAUAAGUAUCCAGAGCAGCAGGGAAGGUUUGCGAAGCUCCUCCUUCGACUUCCAGCGCUGAGAUCCAUUGGCUUGAAGUGCUUGGAGCAUCUUUUUUUCUUCAAACUGAUCGGGGACACGCCUAUCGACACCUUCCUUAUGGAAAUGCUUGAAGCUCCCCAUCAGUUGUCUUAGACAGGAGCCGCGUACUGUGCAUUUUAGAAAGCUGGAGUCUGGGGAGGCGGGCGUGGGACUGGAGUGGCACUUUAAGUUCUUUUUAAGAUUUGUCAGUUUGUCUCACUGCUGUCUGCGUUACACCUUAGUGCAGCACAGAUUUGCUCUUUAGACCAAACCCAAGGCUUGGCAUGACCUUCAAGCUGGUGCUAUGUGUUGUCAUAACGUCAUGAGUUAAAAAAACAAAAAAAAAAAAAAAACUAUGGUAAACACAUGAAUAUUUUUAAGAAAAAUAUUUACAUAUUUCUCUCAGAGUGGCUAUAAUUUGGGUACUCAUUUUUAUAAGACUUUUUAAACACCUAAACUCAUCUCUAAUGCCUUUCUUUUUAAUUCAAGAAGGAUGCAUCCUGAAUAACGCUUUGUGAAACUUUUUUUUUUUUUAAUUUAAAUCAAAUCUAA